UGUAACUGGACCAUUCGCGGAGAGAGCGAGGGCGAUAGGCAGCUCCGAAAGCAUUGGCAAUGCGGCAGGAAGAAGGAACCAGUUAAUCGUGCGAAUGGACUGAGAGACUUCGUGAAGUUCUUGUGAUGUUUGAAGAGGAUUCAUGUCUUUUAUAGGAUACGAAGAUUCAUCAGAACCUUGAUAUUAUCUACCUUGGAUUGUAAGCAUUAAGUUCCAGAUUUUCUGUUUAAAAUAAACUUCACAGAGUCUUAGAAGGGGAGGAUUUGUAAUUAGGAAACAGAAGCAAAACGUCAGAUCAGGAUCUGUUAGAAGUGCCCAGUUUCUGGCAACCUGAAUAUCAUCACGUUUUGAACAUGGAAGGAAACAGCACUGUUCAUAGUGGAGAGACACUGUACACGCAUUCUCUUUGCCACCAGGAUCUCAGCCAGUCAUCUGGUGUGUUGGAACAUAAAUACGGUCAGAAAGAGGAGAAACCGUGGAAGUGUGGGGACUGUGGGAAGGGAUUCAGAUCCCCAUCAGAGCUGGAGGUUCAUCGGCGCAUUCACACUGGAGAGAGGCCGUUCACCUGCUCUAGGUGUGGGAAGAGAUUCACUCAGUUAUCCCACCUGCUGACCCACCAGAGAGUUCACACUGGGGAGAGGCCGUUCACCUGCACCGAGUGUAGGAAGGCAUUCACUCAGCUAUCCCACCUGCUGAAACACCAGCUCGUUCACACUGACAAGAGACCUUUUAAAUGCCCAGACUGUGGGAAGUGUUAUAAAAGUUCCGAUAAACUAAUGUCCCAUCAACGUGUUCACACUGACGAGAGACUGUUUAGGUGCUCCCAAUGUGGGACUGGGUUCAGGCGAUCCUCUCACCUCACUGCACACCAGCGGGUUCACACCGGGGAGAGGCCGUUCACCUGCUCUGUGUGUGGGAAGGGAUUCACUCAGUCAACCCACCUGCUGAGACACCACCGCAUUCACACUGGGGAGAGACCGUUUAAUUGCCUGGACUGUGGGAUGUGCUUUACAAGUUCUGAGGAACUGAUGUCCCAUCAAUUUGUUCACACUGAUGAGAGACCGUUCAUGUGUUCUCACUGUGGGGCUGCGUUCAAAAAAUCAUUCCAACUCACUGUACACCAGCGGAUCCACUCUGGGGAGAGGCCAUUCACCUGCUCUGAGUGUGGGAAAGGAUUCACUCGAUCAUUCCACCUACUAAGACACCAGCAAGUUCACACGGGAGAGAAACCUUUUAAAUGUCUGAACUGUGGGAAAUGUUUUAAAAGUUCUGGGGAACUAAUCUGCCAUCAACGUGUUCACACCGAUGAGAGACCGUUCAGAUGCUCUCACUGUGGAACUGGAUUCAGGUUGUCAUCUCAUCUCACUGUACACCAGCGAAUUCACACUGGAGAGAGACCGUUCACCUGCUCCGUGUGUGGGAAGAGAUUCACUCAGUCGUCUAACCUUCUGGCACACCAGAGAACACACACUGGGGAGAAGCCUUUCACCUGCUCCGUGUGUGGGAAGAGAUUUGCUCAGUCGUCCAACCUGCUGGCACACCAGCGGAUUCACAACUAACCACAGUGAUUGGAAUUUGCUAUUAUGCUCAUGUGGACCUAUUUCUGUUGGUGUUAAUAAUCUAGAGCCCAGUUAUAGGUGUUAAAGUGCUGGUUAAAGGUCAAAUAAAUCACACUUGUGUUGUA